UGUGUUUGUCAUAUGUCGAUAUCGAAUCGAAUACACUUCGUGCUCCCAUUAUAUUUUUGAUAAACUGAUAGCAUAAUUAUUUUGUAAGAAAUAUUACAUUGUAAGAGGAAAGUGAACAAUAGCAUUAUAUUUAUUUUCAGGCUAAGUGGAAAUUAAAGUUGCAAGAUGUCAGAUGGAAAGAAAAAAGCAUUGUUUAUUUGUCUCGGAAAUAUUUGUCGUUCUCCUAUAGCAGAAGGUGUAUUCCAAAAAACCGUAAAUGACAUGAAUUUAGGUGAUCAAUGGGAAAUCGACAGUGCAGCCAUUGGAGGUUGGCAUGUAGGUAAUCCACCUGACUGGCGAGCAUUGGAUACUAUGAAAAACCAUAAUGUUCCAUACAACAAUCAUGCAAGACAGAUAGUACCAGAGGACUUUAAUCAUUAUGAUUACAUAUUUGGUAUGGAUGAAGCCAAUAUGAGAGACCUUAACAAAAGAGCUCCCAAAGGAAGCAAAGCUAAACUUCUUCUCUUUGGAGACUUUGAUCCUCAGGGUGAUAGGAUUAUAAGGGAUCCUUACUAUGAUAGUGAUGCAAAAGGAUUUGAAAAGUGUUAUCAGCAGUCACUUAGAUGUUCCAAAGGUUUCCUCGAUAGCUUAAAGCAAUGAAGUUUUUUAUUGGUUCUUAUAAAUUUGUAGAGGGUUGUAGGUAAUAAAUUGUUAUAAUUAUCAUGCUUAUAAUUACUUAAAACUAAGAAGUUAAUUAUGUAAAUAACAAUGGUAAAACCAGCAUGGUAUUGUAAACUUUCCAAUUUUAAUACUAUGCUGAUGGUACAAUGAGAUCGAACUGUUCAUAGUAGAAAUAUUAAAUCAUUUGUCAUUAACAUUAUAAUACCUAUGUGACAACAUAAUAAAAAUGUAUUUAAAAUAGAGGAAAA